AUGAGACUGACUUCAUUCUUUGAAUCUGCGGCGCUUGUCGUAGCCUCUCUCUCCGAGUUAUCACAAGCCCACGCCUUCACCCCACGUGGUUUCACAACCCCCAAGCGCAAAGAACUAUGGCAGCCAGAAGUGGGGACACCAUGGCAGAUCAUCCUCUCUGAGGUCGUCAAAGUUCCCAAAGCAGGUGUUAGCUCCAUGACACCAGAUGUCCCCAUCUGGGAUAUGGAUCUCUUCGAGAACUCCAAGAGCACAAUCACCGCUAUGAAGAAAGGAGGAAAGAAGGUUAUUUGUUACUUUAGUGCUGGUUCUUGGGAGAAUUGGCGUAAAGAUAAAGACAGUUUUCCAAAGAAAGAUCUUGGUAAGGUCAUGGAUGGUUGGCCGGACGAGAGAUGGGUGAAUAUCAGCAGUGUUGCUGUGCGAGCUAUCAUGGCGCAACGAAUCAAGUUGGCGGCGGAGAAGGGAUGUGAUGCUAUUGAUCCCGAUAACAUGGAUGGAUACCAAAACGACAACGGCCUUGGCCUUACCGAGGGAGACACCAUCUCAUAUGUCAAGUUCCUCUCUGCAGAGGCAGCCAAAUACAACAUGGUUAUGGGCAUGAAGAACGGCGGAGACGUCACAGAAGAGGUUCUUCCAUACGUUGCCUUCUGCAUCAACGAGUCUUGCAUCCAAUAUUCGGAGUGCGACUUGUAUCAGCCAUACAUCGACGCGGGAAAGCCAGUCUUCAACAUUGAGUACCCCAAGGGCGCACCAAAGGUGAAGGCUAAGGACCAGAAGAAGAUUUGCUCUACUAGUGGUGCGGCAGAAGGAUCAGAUGGAUUCAGUAAGGUUAUAAAGAAGAUGAAUCUGGAUAAAUGGGUCUUGUAUUGCUAA